AUGGCCAUGGCAGCCACACCCGUCUACGCCUCUUCAAUCGCCACCCCCACUGCCACAACAACCAAACCACUCUCUUGUUCUCUUCCUCGCUCGAACCUGCCAGCUCCAAACCCCUACAGUCUUCGAACCCCAUCUUCUCUAUCUCUCCGAGCCGCCCAAACGAAGCGCAGGCCCGUCGUUUUUGCCUCCGCCAGCACGGCCUUCGAGGUUGACCAAGCCUCAGCUUCCGCCGCUGCCUCCAAGGUCUUGCCUUUUCGGGUCGGACACGGGUUCGACCUGCACCGGUUGGAGCCCGGUUACCCUUUGAUCAUCGGCGGCAUUAACAUACCUCACGAUAAAGGCUGCGAGGCUCAUUCCGAUGGGGACGUGUUGCUUCACUGUGUGGUGGAUGCGAUAUUGGGCGCUCUGGGCCUUCCGGAUAUCGGGCAGAUAUUUCCGGAUUCGGAUCCUAAGUGGCGCGGUGCAGAUUCCUCUGUUUUCAUCAGAGAAGCUGUGAGAUUGAUGCAUGAGGCAGGGUAUGAGAUUGGAAAUUUAGAUGCUACUUUGAUUCUUCAAAGACCAAAACUGAGCCCACAUAAGGAGACUAUGAGGGCCAACUUGGCUAAGCUGCUUGGAGCAGACCCCUCUGUUGUGAAUCUCAAAGCUAAAACUCAUGAGAAGGUGGACAGCCUUGGAGAAAAUCGAAGUAUUGCCGCUCACACUGUGGUUCUUCUUAUGAGAAAGUAA